AUGAAGCGCAUCCUCACUUCCAUGAGACGUCCUAGUUUCGCGCGGGAGAGCGCGCCCGCAUAUCCUGAGGAUGCCCCGGAAGCGGUCGUCUUGAGAGAAUUGAUGGCAUUCUGCCAGUCUGGGAACGGACCCAACAUUGCGCAUGGCACGGAGUUCGUUCAUCUCCCGGGAGUCGUCGAGAGCGCCGAGUCGAGCCCCAGUGCCGCCAAGGAGGCGGCGCAUCGCAUCCGCAAACUGCUGGCCGAUCCCGCGUCGUCAUCCCCCAAUGUCCAGUACAAUGCCAUCAUGCUGAUGCGCAUCCUCAUCGAGAACCCGGGCCAUACCUUUUCGCGAAACUUUGACUCCAAGUUCGUUACCACCGUGCGGGACUUGUUGCGACAGGGCAAGGAUAUGUAUGUGAAGCAAUUCCUGUCGGAGACACUGGACAUGUUGGAGACGCAGCGACCGUGGGAUGAGGAUCUGGGGUUGCUGUUGGGUAUGUGGAGGAAGGAAAAGGCCAAUCCCAAGUGGCGCAAUAACGCACCCAAUGCACCACCUCCCAUGCCGCCGAGAGACCCGAACGUCCCUGUCAUCCACCGCAGUUCGCCAGGACUCCCGCCGCCCGAGGAACUUGCCUCCCGGAUCGCCGAGGCGAAGACGUCAGCCAGCCUUCUCACCCAGUUCGUGCAGUCGACGCCCCCGGUGGAGUUCCUGGACAACGAACUCAUUAAGGAGUUCUCCGGCCGUUGCCGGAAUGCGUCGCGCGCCGUGCAGGAUUACAUUCACGGUUCCAACCCGCCUCCCGACGAGGAUACCCUGGCGACCCUGAUUGAGACGAAUGAUGAGUUGUCGGUGGCCCUCUCCCAAUACCAGCGAGCUAUGUUGCAGGCACGCAGGGCGCUAGGAAAGUCCGGGAGCCAGUCUCCGGCCUCAUCCAACGAUGCCAGCGGUGCCUCGGGUGCCCCUCGACCGGUCCCCGCACCGCCUACUCCGCCUCGCGAAGUACACAACAUCCCUGCCCUUCAGCCGGUGCCGGCUUCGCAGGGACCAGCGACAUACGAACCACCUUCGCACAGCCCGCCGGCUUCGUAUAGACCGGCUUCGCCGGGGCCAACUGCCCACGAAUCGGAUUCGCCUGUGUCGCCGCAUGGUCAAACUUCGUACGGUGUGGUCUCAGCGCCGGUGGGCACAGGUGCCACGGGCGCUGGCCCGAAUCGGUACGAAUAUCGGUCGGAGGAAUUCCAAGUGCAAAACCCAUUCGCCGAUAGCUACGCUACUAAUGCAGGUCCGCCAGGUGCUGCAGGGAACCAAUCAGCGGAUGGGACAGCGCCUGAACCUGGGUUGUGGAACAGCGCGCAUCCACCGACGCAACGCACUACAUGA